UUUCUUGAUACAGCGUGGUGCUGUAUCUGAGACAGACUGUCAUCCAUGUACCCCUGGAUUCUACUGUCCAGACUGGGGUCAGAGCUCUGUGGAGCUCCGCUGUCCUGAGGGCAGUUUCUGUCCGGCAGGUUCUGUAACAGGACGUCAACCCGGCCGUCAAUGUACGUCUGGUCACGCGUGUCCGUAUGGCAGCAUCCAGCCUGCCAUCUGUCUGCCUGGUACUUAUCAGCCUCUGCCAUCCCAGCCUUCCUGCAAACCAUGCCCACCAGGUUUUUACUGUUUGGAGGGUUGCACCACCCCGCUUCCCUGCCCUUUGGGCACGGCAAGUAUGAUUGAGGGGUUGCAAUCUCAGCUGGAUUGCUCUCCAUGUCCUCCCGGAUUCUACUGUAACACUAGUGCACUAAUCAGCCCCACUGGACCCUGCUCUGCAGGCCAUUUCUGUUCGUCUGGAGCCACAGAGCCUGCCCCAGUCUCUCAGAUGUAUGGAGAUAUAUGUCCAGCAGGACAUUACUGCCCCGAGCAGAGCAGUGCUCCAUUACCCUGUCCUGUCGGUUUCAUUCUCCAGUUCAAAGGAGCCACUUCUUCUAAUGACUGCUCCCCUUGCCCUCCAAGCAGAUACUGCAUUGCACCAGGCUCCUCUCAGCCCUCAGGGUUUUGCGCUCCAGGUCACUAUUGCAUCGGUAGCACAGAUACUGCCACACCUCAGGCCUCACCGUCUCAGCAGACCUGUUUUUGUGACCUCAUACAUUCAUCCCACCUCCAAAUGUACGAUCUUUGCUUUCUGAAGCACAACAUAACCUGCUCAAUUCACAUUUCAGGAGAUGCUGCUGGAGUCUGGACUGAUCUGGAUCCCAGACCUCAGUCUGAGGGUUAUUCAGAAUCACCUCUACAAAUCGCAGAAACAUGCACUGGCUUCAAAGGAGACCUGUGUCCUAAAGCUCAAUGA